UCUCCCUCCCUCCCUCUGUCUUUCUCUCUCUCUUUCGUUCCACAAUUUCCUUCCUUCUUCUUGUGCAUGAUUAUAUAAAUUUGGAACAAAGGUAGAGAGAAAACCCUAGUACUCUUUUUCACAAUUCAAAAACCACACAAGACGACUGUGUUUUCAUUUUUUUCCUUUUUCUUCUGCCAUUGUUUAUUUCUCUGUUUUUUUUUCCCUCCCUUCAGAAUCUGAAAAUUUUCUUCCUUUCUUGACGUGGAAUUUGUCAAUAUAGUUGGCCUCAAAAUAUUGGGUUUCGUCGAAGUUUGGGUUUUGGAUAGUCUUUCUUCUCCGUCGGGUAAUGCAUUGGAAGGUUGAAUGGUUUUUGAGGAAAUUUUAUGUUUUUUUUCUAACUUGUAAGAGAGUUUAGGCAAUUGGGUCAUUUGGGUUAGCUUGAUUUGGUUGAUGUGUUUGGACUUUUUUUUGGCUGAGGCUGAGGCUGAGUCUUUGUGUAUAUUUGAGACUCUUUCUGGGGCACCGCUUUUGUUUGAGAAGAUUAUAAUAUGUUGAUUAGAAUUGUUUGAAUUCUUUAUUACAGUGAGCAAUACAGAAUUCUCUGCUGGUUGGUGGAUUCAUUUCAAGUAUUUAUUGUCGUUUAAGUAAUUGCGAUUGAGUUGGUAAUUGGGGGAUAAUGCUCCAUUUUUGGUCCUUUCAUUUUAGUAUCCAUUACCUUUUUGGGAGGAAAGAAAUGGGAUUUUGGCCUUCAUAUGAUAUGUCUCUGCUUUUAGAUUUUUGAUGAGAAUAGAGAUCAAUAUCCGAUGGGAAACAACUGCGUUGGAUCGACGAAGGAGGGUCUCUUCCAUUCAGUCUCGAAUUCUCUUUGGUGGUCUCGAUCGACAGGUUUUGUUUCUCAUGGCAGUAGAGAAAUUAAUAGUACUGAUGCAACACCACAAUUGAGUAAGAAGAACUCAGAAGCUCCUCUUUAUGUUCAAAACAAGGCCCCGGAACAAGUUAAAAUAGCUACGGAAGACUAUAAGCCGGUGCAGCCUUCAAAUCAAAAGGAGAAGGUUCAACCAGACAAGCCUAAGGAACCGGCACAACCUCAGAAGCAGAAAGAAGAGACCAUACUUGCAAGACAAGUAACACUUCAAAAAGGAGAGACUAAACCAGCACAACCAAAAAUUCUCGAGGAACCAGGACAACCAAUACCACAAAAGGCAGAGACUAAGCCAGCAGUGGGGGCAAGACCAAAGAAGCCUCAUAGUGUCAAGAAGGUAGCAAGUGCAGGGCUUCAGGCUGACUCUGUCUUGCAAACCAAAACAGGUCAUUUGAAGGAUUUCUUCGAUUUGGGCCAAAAGCUUGGACAUGGACAGUUUGGGACAACUUUUCAUUGUGUGGAGAAAUCAACUGGAAAGGAGUAUGCUUGUAAAUCCAUUGCUAAAAGGAAACUGCUGAAUACAGAAGAUGUGGAGGAUGUGAGGAGAGAAAUUCAAAUAAUGCAUCACUUGGCAGGGAAUCAAAAUGUGAUCGCAAUUAAGGCAGCGUAUGAGGAUGCUGUUGCAGUUCAUGUUGUCAUGGAAUUAUGUUCAGGUGGUGAACUGUUUGAUCGGAUUAUCAAGCGGGGCCAUUUCACAGAAAGAAAGGCAGCACAACUAACAAGGACUAUAGUUGGUGUUAUAGAAGCCUGCCAUUCUUUGGGUGUCAUGCAUCGUGAUCUUAAGCCGGAGAACUUUCUUUUCGUCAAUGAGGACGAGGAUUCGUCCCUUAAGGCUAUAGAUUUUGGAUUAUCAAUAUUCUUUAAACCAGGGGAGAUUUUCGGUGAUGUGGUUGGAAGCCCGUAUUAUGUUGCACCUGAAGUCCUGCGCAAGCGCUAUGGUCCGGAAGCAGAUGUAUGGAGUGCUGGUGUUAUCAUUUACAUUCUCUUAAGUGGGGUGCCUCCGUUUUGGGGUGAAACUGAGCAAGAGAUAUUUGAAGAGGUUUUGCAUGGUGAUCUUGACUUCUCAUCAGAUCCCUGGCCUAGUAUUUCUCGAAGUGCCAAAGAUCUAGUUAAGAAGAUGCUUGUUAGAAACCCGAAAAAGCGGAUAACUGCUCAUCAAGUUCUGUGCCACCCUUGGGUUCAGGUUGAUGGAGUGGCUCCAGACAAGCCUCUUGAUUCCGCAGUUUUAAGUCGCUUGAAGCAGUUUUCUGCAAUGCACAAAAUUAAGAAAAUGGCUCUUAGAGUCAUUGCAGAGCACCUCUCUGAAGAAGAAAUUGCUGGUUUAAAAGAAAUGUUCAAAAUGAUAGAUACUGACAAUAGCGGUCAAAUUACUUUUGAAGAACUUAGAGAUGGACUGAAAAGAUUUGGAGCUAAUCUAAAUGAGUCUGAGAUAUAUGAUCUUAUGCAAGCUGCAGAUGUUGACAAUAGUGGCACAAUCGAUUACGGGGAGUUCAUAGCAGCAACUUUGCAUCUAAACAAAGUAGAGAAAGAAGAUCAUUUGUUUGCAGCUUUCUCAUACUUUGACAAAGAUGGCAGUGGCUAUAUCACUCAAGAUGAGCUUCAACAAGCCUGUGAGGAGUUUGGCAUUGUGGAUGUUCACUUGGAAGAGCUAAUCCGGGAAGUCGAUCAGGACAAUGAUGGUCGGAUCGAUUACAACGAGUUCGUUUCCAUGAUGAAGAAAGGCAAUGCAGAUUUUGAGAAGAAGGGCCUUCAUACAAGUGCUCUUAGCAUUGGAUUUAGGGAGGCUCUAUCUGUUUGUUAACUUGCAGUGAGGCAUUUUUCUUUGGACACAUUUUCCUUCCACCUUUUAUGAAUGUCUGCAACUUUUCAAGGCUUACAGAUAGAUCAUGAGGGCUCUGGUAAAUAUGAAUAGAUGCCUGCAACUUCACUGCUCCAACAUUUGAAUUUGCCCAAUUAGUUCUCAUUCACUAAUUUGUAUUGGAACAGAUGGUACAAUAGACUAUCUUCUCAUGUAAUAUAUGGUAGAAAGACAUCACUGUACAUAAAGAGGCAUAACCUCAUUCUUGUUAUUA